ACUACAUUUCCUAGCAUGCAUCAGAAACGCAGGGGUAGGUUUUUCCCAAAAGAUGGAAUACAACUCCCGGCGUGCUGUGCCUCAGCGGCGUGGACCGCCCGCCCCUCAGGCGGGCGCAGGCCUGUCAGCGUGGCUUGUCAGGGGAGGCCUCUCAAGAACGGGCCGUCAGGGGCGGGCCUAUCAGGGGCGGGGAGUACCGCCGGUGUGCCGGAAGGAGCGGUGUCGGCCGUGGCAGCGGAGGAUGGAGGCUGUGGUGUUCGUUUUCUCUCUCCUCGACUGCUGCGCGCUUAUCUUCCUCUCAGUGUACUUCAAAUAAAACAAAUCAGAGUGGAACAACUUGUGGAGAAGUGGAUAAUUCCAGAAUUGAUUGGCCAUACCAUUGUCACUGUGUUGAUGCUCAUUUCAUUGCACUGGUUCAUCUUCCUUCUCAACUUGCCUGUUGCCACUUGGAAUAUAUAUAGGUUCAUUAUGGUGCCAAGUGGUAACAUGGGAGUGUUUGAUCCCACAGAAAUACACAACAGAGGGCAGCUGAAGUCACACAUGAAAGAGGCCAUGGUCAAGCUUGGUUUCCACUUGCUCUGCUUCUUCAUGUACCUUUAUAGUAUGAUUUUAGCCUUGAUAAAUGACUGAAGCUGGAGGUGCCAUGCCUGAGCAGUCUCACCACAGCACACGGUGGAGGAGCCAGAGGCUACUCAUGCCAUCCUUGGGACGGUGAUCAGAGCAGUGUAUUUUCCUCUUUGAACAAAAAAGUAUUUUUGCUGUAUUUUUACCAUAUAAAGUAUUUUAAAAAAUGCAAA